AUGCCCUUUAUUGAAGACGAAUGGUGGUCAGCGGAGAAUGAGAGCAGAAUGGUCGAUCUUUCCAAUUGCCUCCAGGACGCGGUAACCGCGAGUGGACAAAGUGCGACCCAAUUGCAACUACAAAUGGCGACAUCUCUCGGCGAGUUAUCGCAAGCAGAGCUGUCUAACUACGUUGGUGGGCUCACACUAGAAGCGGACGGCUCUGAAGCUGCCGAUCCUGAUGACAUACUGAAACAGUUGGGAGAGACCGCUUUUGAUAAUUUUGACACGUUUUUUACUGAUUUGACCAAUGCCACUGCCUCAUCUGCGCCGCCUAUUGAAAUAAAGCAAGAAGAAAACAAUAACAUAUCGCCAACGUCGGGGAACCAGCUUCAAAAUUCAUAUUAUCAACAAAAUAAUCAACAAUCUUUACCAAAUAAUGGACAACAACGCUUGCAACAACUGUUGAGGUCCGGUACAAGCGCCAUCAAUCAUGCGGUGGCGAAUAACAUUAACAACGGACGCUAUAAUAUUGCGUCCGCAAACCCCUUGCUCGCUGAAAAAUUGGCAGCGACAUCUAGUGGCAUAAAGCAAGAGCCAAUGAGUUCCGAUUACAAUGGAACGAGUAUGAACUAUGGAAAUGCGUCGCCGAUGCAACGGGUGCCAAGUGGGAAACCUCAGGUGCACGAUGCUGGUGGAGGAAAAGUGGACGGAGAGCCUACAGCUCUCUCGCUAGGCGCGCGUGGUUCCCUAGGCAGGGCGCUCCUACAUGGCCUGCUGGCACCCGCCCCCGCGCCUCGUCAUCAUUUAUAUACAGCGCCUAAUACAGGUUCCCUUCCUCCCUCACCGGCUGACAGUGGCGUGUCAGACGUGGAGUCAUCGUCUUCGGGUGCGGGCUCCGCUGAGGAGCUAAAGGCGCGGCUACAGCCCCCUCCGCCAGCUCCCUUCCACACGCCCUUCCUGCCCUUCUACCAGCAGCACCAGAUCGCCACCUCCUUGCAGCACCAUGUUGCCACCCACCCAAGGCCACCAGUGGGUGCGGUGGGCGAGCGCGAGGCGUACGCGUACGGCUACGGAGGCGGGGGCGGCGCGCACCACUUCGCCGCGCCCGCGCCGCCGCCGCUGCCGCACGACGACCUGCCCUACUCCGUGUUCGACUUCGGCGACUACCAGCGGCACCAUCAUCACAACAAGCUCAAGCCCAAGAAGAGGCCGCGCACCGACGCGCCUCCCGCGCCUGGCGUCAAGCGCAAGAGCCGCGAGGGCUCCACCACCUACCUGUGGGAGUUCCUGCUGAAGCUGCUGCAGGACCGCGAGUACUGCCCGCGCUAUAUCAAGUGGACGAACCGCGAGAAGGGCGUGUUCAAGCUGGUGGACUCGAAGGCGGUGUCGCGGCUGUGGGGCUUGCACAAGAACAAGCCCGACAUGAACUACGAGACGAUGGGGCGCGCGCUGCGCUACUACUACCAGCGCGGCAUCCUCGCCAAGGUGGACGGCCAGCGUCUCGUGUACCAGUUCGUGGACGUGCCCAAGGACAUCGUGGAGAUCGACUGCUCGCUCGCGUAGAGCGCCACGUGUCCGCGCAGGGCGUCGUCGUAUCGUCAUACGUAACUAUUCGUAGAGUCGUUAUUCGUUUCGCUCUUUCGUAAGUUUUUCACGAACUACUUAAAUAGUAAAUAUCGUCUAUUUUUCAAGUCA